AUGCCCACCUCAUCCAGUCAAUUGAGCCUGCGCCUGGUAUCAGAAAAUCAUUUUACGGCCAAGGGUCUUGCUAAGGACAAGGAAUACAGUAUGGUAUCUGGUGGCGCGGAUGCGUCCGUCCAUCUCUGGGAUUUGGAGACUCGUGGAUCUGAGUCAAGCUAUCUUUACAAAUCCAUUGCUUCGGUGACAAAAUCAAUGAGCCCAGCGGCGCAUACACAUGCAUUGACUUCUAUUUCAAUUUAUCCCUUUGACCCGACUCCGUCGACUAUAUUGACGACUUCCCACGAUACCACUUUGAAACUAUCUUCGCUUCAAGCUCCUGCGAUUAUCCCAGUUUAUACAUUUUCGCUGCACUCCACUCCGUACUCACAUUCGUUUUCAUCGCAUCCGUCGUCGCUCCUUCUGGCCGCCGUAGGAACCUCGGAUAAAGCAGUGAGACUGCUCGACCUUCGUUCCGGGCUGGCCACCCACGCAUUACCGGGACAUAGCUCCGCUAUUCUCUCCGUUUCCUGGGCCCCCCAUCAUGAAUAUCUGCUCGCGUCUGCGUCCCAUGACAACCGGGUCAUCCUCUUCGACGUCCGCCGCGGGGGCCAUAACUCUGCUCUAGCUUCACUGGACAUGGACGACGCAGUCGGCGUGGUCGCGCCGCACGACGCACCGCCGUCGUUCACCUGCCGGAAUCCAUAUGCGCCCGACGUCCGUGCGCAUAACGGGGCGGUGACGGGCGUGCGAUGGACGUCCAGUGGCAGCCACAUAGUCACUUCCGGACACGACGCGCGCAUUCGAGUCUGGGACGCUUCCACGGGGGCAAAUUCGCUGGUCCAUUUCGGCCCGCGCGUCCGCAACAGCGCUUCACUGCAUCUCGCUGAGAGGGCACCGCUAGUUUUACCCAGCGAUGUCGCAGGUGCGGGGCAUGCAACGCUUCUUUGGCCCAACUGCGGCGACCAGGACGACACAGGGGAAGUAUUCGUUUUCGCGCUUCGGGAUGGUGCAUUGAUCAAGCGCCUUCGUGUGCCCGGCGUACCGGGCUCACGGCAGAGGAUGCGAGGAAGGCCCACGGCACUUAGCGCGGCGCCCACAAAUGGCCUUGCAUGGCGCGGGAACGGAGCAUCGGGUGAGGGCAUGGAGUUAUUUUCUGCCCACGGAGAUGGAACGAUCAGGGCCUGGGUCUCCAGAACGUCGGAUGAGGGGCAUGAGAUCGCGGAGAACGAGGAGGAGAUGGAGGAACGGAAGAGGAAGCGGGAUGUUCUCGAUGCGGUGUAUCGCGGCCUGAUGAACCGGAAAAUCACUUUCACUUGA